UUAAAAAUGCGUACAUUAUCAAAGCUCAUACAUUGUCAAAGCUCAGGAGGAUAAAAAAACAAGGGUUAUGGAUUAAAGCGUUCACCAUUGCGGAGGUGACUGUCCGAGAUUACUAUCAAAGACGAAAUAGCAACUUUUAGCUGAUGUAUGGCAAUGAAGAUGAAUGGGCAAUUCAGGGUACACAUGAAGAGAGGCCUCCUGCAAUAGAAAAGACAAAAGAAGACGUUUUUCAAAAGCCGGCUGAAGAUGUCCUUUUCUGGUGAAUGGAUGAUAGUCACUGGUGCUCUAUGGAAGGGGUUUUUGACUGGUUCACCAUGGGGAGAGAAUGCCUGCCAUUCAUCUUUCUGAUGCUGCUUCCCGUGGCCUUGGUCUGGGCAAACCCCCCAACACUCAACACCAUCAGUGAGCUCAGAACCAUUGAGUUUGGCCACCGCUUCCCACGCCACGGCCUUCAUCUGCUCUAUUUUAUAGCUCAUCAACUGGUUGUAGAUGAUGACGAUGUCAUAAUACCAACCUUUGUGCCAGACAGGGGAGACUGGGGCUUUGUUCCCUACAGUAAUUUAGAAGGGGUGUUUCCACCCCUGAAAGAUUAUAACCGACAGGGUUACUACUCAGCAGGGAGUCUGAAUACAUCAGCAGAAUCCUCACUCCCACCGUACGUCACCCAAAGCUAUCGCUACGCCCCAAAGCAUCCAGAGGCAAACAGGGACAGAGUGGUGGUCAGAACGCGCCCCAACAGCCAACUGUUAGAGGCGCUUUACAUUACGAAGUACUAUCCCCUUGGUGUUUGCCAGAGCCAUCAGUAUGACCCGAAAAACACCUGGCAAAUAAGCCCCACCCUCCUGAGAGAGAUACAUUCCUACUCAGCCAACCGGGUGGAUGGCCUCUCAGUGUUUCUGUUCAUCGCCUACUAUGAUGUAAGUUCAAGUUACUUUAACGAGCUCUGCGACUACUCUGACCCAUCCAGAGACAAUAACAUAGAUCAGGUGGAAGAUCCAUCAGCCCAACAGCCUCCCAACGAUUACACUGCUGUAAACAAAAGAGUUACCUUAAAUAACAGUAAUAACCACAUUGAGUGCUAUGAAAUAUUGCUGGAGGUGAAAGCCACGGACAACGGGUAUGCUCGGAUCAGAUGGUCUAAUAUCCCUGACACUUUGCUGGACAAGGGGGUCCAAGUGAAUGUCUGUAAAGAAGAUGGAAAUUGUUUUAUUUCACCUAUUGACAUGAGAAGCUAUGGAACCUACGACAGUGGUGAAUACCUAAACAAAGGCCUGAGCCCCCGUCUCCAAUUCAUAGACACAAAGGCUGAAAUUAUGCGUGGUCCUACCUAUGACAACACAGACAGGAAACUUCCCGUUGAAAUCCAAGGCUUCGAUGCCAGUUUUCAAGUUUACACUAAAGACACGCUUGCAUGUGCUGCCUUAUUCAUCAAGCCGAAUAGUGGUUGGAUGCAAAAAUCCUCUAAUUCAUGGGUAGGAUUGUACUCUGAUCACAGAAGUGACAGUUAUAUUGAAUGGAAAUGGGCUAAAGAAUUUCAAUGUAGUCAAAGCAUUCCAUAUUAUGACAUCUGUACACAUUGUUUUGGGACUGCCAUCAAACCUGGGGCCCAGGUUAGAUUCUUUCCAUCUGGGUCAUCUUCUACAGUAUCGAUGCCAUGGGAACGCUGAAUGAUUUCUUGCCAUUAAUUGAAACCAAGAAUUAGUGAACAUGUGUUUAAUAUGACUGCAGAAAGUGUUUGUUUGAUCAGUAAUAUUUGAUUAUGCCUAGCCCAGAAGGAAGUAUAUUUGCAUAUAGAAAUUGUAACUUACAAUUCUUGUCAAACUGACUUGAAAAGUUUGGAUGGCUUUGAA